AUGCAGAAACCCCUUUUAACUGAAGGCAAGUGGUCUACUCAGGGUAAUAAUGAGUGCUGUGGUUCAAGCCUGGCCAAGCAGCCAAACACCAUGCAACUACUUGCUCAUCUUCCCCUGCCUCAGGGAAUGGAGGAGAGAAUUGGAGGGGGAAAGAUAUGUUCUUGUUUUCAGACAAAUCUACCAAUCUUCAAAUUGAAAGAAUCCACAGUCAGAAGAAGAUACAGUGACUUUGAAUGGCUAAGGAAUGAACUGGAAAGGGAAAGCAAGGUUGUGGUACCACCUCUACCAGGAAAAGCUCUUCUCCGUCAGCUCCCCUUCCGAGGAGAUGAUGGCAUAUUUGAUGAUUCCUUUAUAGAGGAAAGGAAGCAGGCUCUUGAACAAUUCAUAAACAAAUGGGAGAUAUUAUCAGCUUGUGUAAUGAUGCAUGUUUUCUCUAAUCAUGAGAAUCUUUCUGAAGAUGUAAAAACACUACCUGAGGGUUGCAGGCCACCCACUGGCACAGAACGAGCGCUGUCUUCACAUGUUCUUACAAGAUGAAGUAAUAGACAAAAACUAUACACCAUCCAAAAUAAGACAUACUUGAGUUC